AGCAGCGUCUGGGACACACCACAGCGGGGAGGCUGCCUGGGGCAGGGAGCGGAGGCAGGUGCGGGCGCUCCGCAGUCACCGCCGGGCUGGGAGCAGCGCAGGGAGCAGCGGGCAGAUUUUACCCAAAGUGAUUUACUUCUGCAAGUCUAAUAACUAUACAACAGAAUAACACAAUGACGGAUGAUUUCAUAAAUUACACAGAAGAGGAACCACCUAAUCCUAAAUCUGCAAGUAAUGGCUAUGACAAUACUGCUUUCCAACAUGAUGAAAAACCUGAGCAAAAUGACGAGUCAAAGAAGAACAAGAAAAAAAAGAAAAAUGAGGAGUCAAAGGAAAAGAUGGUUGGCAUUUUGAAAUUGUUUGGAUAUGCCGAUUGGCUGGAUAUCAUUUUGAUGAUAAUAGGUUUGAUUGCAGCUGUUGCAAAUGGAACAGGGCUGCCACUUAUUAUUGUUGUUGCUGGAGAGAUGACAAACAGCUUUGUGACGAUUGGCCAAGCAUUAAAUAUGUCUUCAGUUGUGAUGAAUAGUAGCUCUACUUGUCCAGCAAUUCCAGGUUUGGAUAUAGAAGCUGAAAUGACCAGGUUUGCCUACUACUAUGCGGGUAUUGGCUUUGCUGUAGUGAUACUGAGCACCAUCCAAGUCUGGACAUUUCUGACUUCAGCUGCAAGACAGACAGCAAGAAUCCGACAAAAGUUUUUUUUCGCCAUACUUCACCAGGAGAUGGCUUGGUUUGAUACCAGCCAGAUUGGAACAUUGAACACGCAACUGACGGAUGACAUUAACACCAUCCACGAAGGCAUCGGAGACCAGAUCUGUAUAUUUGUACAAUUCUUUUCCACAUUUCUGACAGGGAUUGUUAUAGGAUUCGUCUACGGGUGGAAACUGACUUUGGUGAUUUUGUCAGUUAGCCCUCUCCUUGUUGCAGCAGCAGCAGUUCGAUCAGUCUUCCUGGCAUCAUUCACUACAAAAGAGCUGACUGCUUAUGCUAGAGCAGGAGCUGUGGCAGAAGAAAUUUUGACUGCUAUCAGAACAGUUGUUGCUUUCAAUGGGCAGGUGAAGGCAUUAGCAAAAUAUGAUGUUAACCUAGAGAAUGCUAGGAAAGUUGGAGUAAAAAAAUCCAUUACCACCUACACAACUUUGGGUUUCACAGAGUUUAUUUUAUUUGGAGCCUUUGCUCUUGUAUUUUGGUAUGGAACCAAACUCACAGUGGAGGAGAAAGAGAAUUAUGACAUCGGACGUGUGCUAAUUGUAUUACUCUCUGUGGUCCGUGGCACAUUCUUUCUCGGACAGGGCUCCCUACACUUGGAGAGUGUUGCCAGUGCUCGAGGUGCUGCCUAUGAGGUGUACAAGGUCAUCAGUAAGCACCGUCUUCUAGAUAGCAGUGCCAAUGAAGGAUAUAGACCAGAUAAGCUCAAAGGAGAGAUUGAAUUCAAAAACAUCCAUUUCAGUUACCCAUCCAGACCUGAUGUUAAAAUUCUCAAGGGCCUGAACCUGAAAGUUCAAUCGGGGAAGACCAUCGCUCUGGUUGGCUCCAGUGGCUGUGGCAAAAGUACUGCUAUUCAGCUGCUAUACAGAUUCUAUGAUCCAGUCCAAGGAGAGAUUACCUUAGAUGGACAAAAUAUUCGGACACUUAAUAUAAAGUGGCUAAGAGAACAUAUUGGCCUUGUAAGCCAGGAGCCUAUUUUGUUUGCUGCAACAAUAGCUGAGAACAUUCGCUGUGGCAGAGAGGAUAUUACUGAUUCUGAAAUUAAGAAAACAGCUAAAGAAGCCAAUGCUUUUGAUUUUAUAUCCAGAUUGCCUGAUAAAUUUAACACCAUGGUGGGGGAAAGGGGAGCUCAGCUGAGCGGAGGGCAGAAACAGCGAAUUGCUAUUGCCCGUGCCCUGGCAAGGAAUCCCAGGAUUCUGCUGCUGGAUGAAGCCACGUCUGCUCUGGACACUCAGAGUGAAUCUAGUGUGCAAGCAGCUCUUGAUAAGGCUAGGGCUGGACGUACCACCAUUGUGAUAGCUCACCGGCUCUCCACAAUCCGAACAGCUGACAUUAUCGCUGGAUUUCACGAUGGUGUUGUUGUUGAACAGGGAACACACAGUCAACUCAUGACACAGAAGGGUGUCUACUAUUCUCUUGUGAUGCAGCAGGGUCAUGGUGGAAACACUCAAAAUGAGAUGUCAGAAAGUGAUGAAGAGACAGAAGAUGAAGACUAUGAGGAAGAGUAUCUAGAUGAUCUCAGGAUGGAGAACCUGACUGAUCUUGGUGGUUUUGAAGAGCCAAGAAUCAUUGAGAUGGGAAGCAUUCCUAAGAGAUCCAGAAGGCAUACAAGAAGAACGACCUCUUCUAAGAAAAAGUCGUCUGAAAAGAAGAAAACAAAGGAGAAAGAGGGGGAAAAUCUCCCUGCUGUGCCUUAUUCCAGAAUUCUGGCUCUGAACAAACCUGAGUGGCUGCAUAUAUUCUUUGGUGUGAUUGCCGCUGCCUUCUCUGGUGGCAUCCACCCUGCAUUUUCUGUUAUAUUUGGAAAAAUCAUUGGGGCUUUUCAAGAAACAGAUCCUGAAAAAAGGAGCAAAAACACCACAUCACUUUCUCUAAUGUUUCUUGUCCUGGCAGUGAUCAGCUUAGUAACACACAUCAUCCAGGGAUUCAUGUUUGGAAAAUCUGGGGAAGUUCUGACCAGGAGAUUGCGAACUUUGUCAUUCAAAGCAUUGCUUCAGCAGGAGAUUGGCUGGUACGACAAUCCUAAAAAUGCCAUAGGGGUUUUGUUAACCAGACUAGCUACAGAUGCUUCACAAGUCAGAGGGGCUACUGGAAGCCGACUUGGCUUGUUGACUAAGACUGCCUGUACCCUUCUGACCACCAUCAUUAUUGCUUUUGUAUAUGACUGGCGAUUAACUUUGCUUAUCCUGGCCUGCAUUCCUUUCCUUAUUCCUGCAAGUGCUAUUCGACUGAGCUCUGUGGCUGGUCGUGCGUCAAAAGAUCAAAAAGCUUUGGAAGAGGCCGGACGAAUUUCAGUGGAAGCGGUUGAGAAUAUAAGAACUGUGGCUUCAUUAACUAGUGAAGAUGCAUUCUAUGAGAGAUAUAAUGCAAGUUUGAAUGGUCCAUACAGGGACUCUCUAACAAAAGCCCCCCUAUAUGGACUUACCUAUGGAAUAGUCCAAUGUUCAAGCUACUUUCUUUAUGCAGCAAUCUUCAGAUUCGGGGGAUGGCUCAUUGCUAAUUGUUAUACAAACGUUGAAAAUAUAUUUAUAGCCUUUUUUUCAGUUGUAUUUGGUGCUAUAAAUGUUGGGAAAUCCACUUCUUUGGCACCAGAUUUUGGCAAAGCUAAAGUUUCUGCCCAACGAAUCUUUCAGCUUUUGGAUCGGAAACCCUUAGUUGACAGCUAUAGUGAAGAGGGUAUAAAACUGAGUAAGUUUGAUGGCAACAUUGAAUUCAGGGACAUCCAUUUUGUAUACCCUACAAGACCAGAAGCUCAAGUUUUGCAAGGACUCAGUGUGAAGGUUAAUAAAGGACAGACACUAGCCUUGGUGGGGAGCAGUGGUUCUGGCAAAAGCACAUCCAUGCAGCUUCUGGAGAGAUUUUAUGACCCUAUGGCAGGACAAGUGCUGGCUGAUGGACACGACGUAAAGUCCCUUAAUCUGAGACGUUACCGAGAAUUCAUUGGUGUGGUCAGUCAGGAACCUGUUCUGUUUGGGACAACAAUUAGAAACAAUAUAAGAUAUGGUCGAGAGGAUGUAACUGAUGAAGAAAUUGAGAAUGCAGCAAAAGAAGCAAAUGCUUACGAUUUUAUCAUGGAGUUUCCUGAUAAAUUCAAUACCCUUGUAGGAGAAAGAGGAGCACAGAUGAGUGGUGGCCAGAAGCAGAGAAUAGCCAUAGCUUGAGCUUGGAUUCGCAACCCUAAAAUUCUCUUGUUAGAUGAGGCCACAUCUGCCCUGGAUACAGAAAGUGAGUCAGUAGUCCAAGCCGCACUGGAAAAGAUAAAUGCCAGCAAAGGUCGAACCACUCUUGUAAUAGCUCAUCGGCUUUCCACCAUUCGGACUGCAAAUGUAAUAGUGGCCAUAGCGGAUGGUGCUGUGGCUGAAGUAGGAACACAUUCAGAGCUGAUGGAGAAAAGGGGGUUAUAUUAUUCACUUGCAACAGAACAGUCUAUUAAAACAGAAGACCAUGAAGAAUCAACAGAAACUAUUACCUUAAAAGAUCACGAAGAAGUGUUCCCCAUCAGUGGGUUGAUUUCCAAAAGAGCAAGCUUAAAACAUGUUCCACAAAAAGAGGCUGAAGAAGAAGCUGCACCCGAAGAGGAACACCUUCCCAAAGUUUCUUUCCUCAAGCUUUUUAGAGUAAACAAGUCUGAGUGGCCUUUCAUUGCACUGGGGACACUAACUGCUGUUAUUAGUGGAGCAUUUCACCCUAUCUUUUCCAUCAUAUUUGCUAAAAUUAUAACAGUAAGUGCAGUACUGAUCUUUCCGUAA